AUCGCCUCGUCGAACCGUACCGCCGUCGCCCUCUCGCUCGUCUCGGCGGGCACCUUCGCCUGGUACUCGGCCCUGUUCGGCAACCCUCUUGUGCCCGAGGCCAAGGCUGAGGGCGCCGCCGACCACGGCCUGCACCCGGCUGCGUACCCGUGGGCCCACAACGGGCCGUUCGAGACGUUCGACCACUCCUCGAUCCGCCGUGGCUACCAGGUCUACCGCGAGGUGUGCUCGACCUGCCACUCGCUCGACCGCGUCGCGUGGCGCAACCUGGUCGGCGUCUCGCACACGGUCGACGAGGCCAAGACGAUGGCCGAGGAGAUCGAGUACGAGGACGGCCCCGACUCGGAGGGCUCCAUGUUCCAGCGCCCGGGCAAGCUCGCCGACUACAUGCCGCGCCCGUACGCCAACGAGGAGGCGGCUCGCGCCGGCAACGCCGGUGCCCUCCCGCCCGACCUGUCGCUCAUGACCAAGGCUCGCCACGGCGGCGCUGACUACGUCUAUGCGCUCCUGACUGGCUACGUCGACCCGCCCGCGGGCGUCGAGAUCCGCGAGGGCCUCAACUACAACCCGUACUUCCCCGGCGGCGCGAUCGGCAUGGCGCGCGUCCUGUACGACGGCCUCGUCGAAUACGACGACGGCACGCCGGCGACGACGUCGCAGAUGGCCAAGGACGUCGUCUCGUUCCUCGCGUGGGCCGCCGAGCCCGAGCUCGACCAGCGCAAGAAGAUGGGCAUGCAGGCCACCAUCAUCCUCUCGGGCCUCCUCGCCCUCUCGAUCUGGACCAAGAAGUUCAAGUGGGCCCCGAUCAAGAGCCGGAAAAUCGUCUGUGCGUCCCUCUCUCCCCCCUCUCUCCCUCCUCCUCGCCGUCGCCGUCGUCAGUGUCACUGA